GGGAAGACUCAGUGAUUCAAGAUGGCGGAACACGUGCACCAGAACCUAGAAGGCAUGUUGCCUGAAUUAGAAGAAAUGGAAAGACUAGGGAUAUUUAACAGACAUGAAAUAAGAACAAUAAUAAAGAAAAGGACAGAGUUUGAAUACUGUUUGCAAAAGAGAGCACCUCAAAAACAAGAUUUUCUUCGAUAUAUUCAGUAUGAAAUUAACCUGGAUGUUGUUAGGAAGAAAAGAAAAAUGUCACAAGGCUUCAAGAGAACUUUGAAAGGAGAAUAUGAAAUGAGUAAACGCAUGCAUUUACUUUUUAAGAAUGCGCUUCAAAAAUUUAAGCAAGAUACAAAGUUAUGGCUCCAAUACAUCCAAUACUGUAAAAAAACUGGUAGUGUUAAACUCCUUGGUAAAGUGUUUGGUCGGCUUCUUCAGUACCAUCCACACAUUCCUAAUUUUUGGGUUAUGGCUGCCAAAUGGGAAUUUGAAGAAAACAAGGACAUCCCAGCUGCCAGGACAUUAUUACAAAGAGGAUUGAGGAUGAAUUCAUCGUCCCAGCUUCUAUGGCUUGAAUAUUUCAGAAUGGAACUUCUUCAUGUCGAAAAGGUAGCAAAAAGAAGAAGUGUUCUGGGACUUGCUCAGCUAAAAGAGGUUGAGGAAAAUCAAGUAACCAAUGCUUUUCUUGCUGGCAAAGCUGCAGAAAUUGUAUAUAAAAAAGCAAUAGAAGAAAUACCAGAUGACAUAGAGUUCAGAUUAUCCUUUCUUAAUAUUUAUCRUCUGUUUGAAAACACCAAACAAAGCCAGGACCAAGUGUUUGAAAGCCUUGAGAAAGACUUUGGCGACAGUGAAGAAUACUGGAAUGCUCUUGCAUGCAGGGCUGUGGAUGACUUAAAAGCAAGUUCUGAGAGUAAAUCACUGAAAGAGUCUCUAAUGCAUGAAGCAGAAGAAGAAAGAAACAGAAUAUUUGAAAAAGCAGUUCAACUAUUACCUACAGAAAAAAUGUGGGAUUAUUACAUUGAUGCUUGUGAAACGAACCUCAAAGAUGAUUCACAUUCUGAUCAAGACAGGAUGGCUAUUGAGAAUUGCCUGCGCAUUUGUGCAGAGGCCAACAGCAAGGAUCUUUUAUCAAAAUCAAAACUAAAAUUAUGGGUACGUCUGUUAGUAUUGACUGGAGACACUCGCACUGCUGUUGAUGUGCUAGAGAAGAAGCUCUCUUAUAAAACAACAGACUGUCAUGCAGAAUAUUUGAGACUGCUUAUCGCACUGGGAGAAUCAGAAGAUGUUCUCAGUGAAAAGUUCUGGGAUGCCUUGAAAUCCACGGAAGGAUCUGGGUCAUUGCCGCUGUGGGAGUUAUUCUUAGACUGGAGUAUGACAGUAGGCAGAAAUAAUAUCGCUCGGAUAUUUGAGAACUCUCUCAAGGCACCGAAACAUGUUAGUCGAGUUAUGCAAGAGCGUUACAUCGAUUGGGUGCUUACUUCAUCUGGUAUAAAACAAGCAAGACACGUUUAUACGAGAUGGUUCAGUGAUCAGUCCCUACCCUUAUCGUUAAUAAAGAAAUGUGUUGAUCUGGAGAAAGCACAGUUAAAGCCGAGCAUACAGCACCUCAGGACACUGUAUGACGUGAUGAUCGAUCACUACGGAGACGCCUAUUCAGACUGUUGGAUUGAUUACAUUCACCUUGAGCUGACUCAUCCGGAAGGAAAGCUGGACAAAGCAGGUCGCCUUCACUGGAGUGCACUCAAACGACUCUCAGGGGUAGAGACGGAGGUUUUUGUCACCAAGUAUUCCUUGAUACAGGCAGGCAGACUUUAGACUUAUCAUUUGGUUCAGGGAUUUCAAUAUUUUAAAAUUGAAUGAUUGGAUAUUUUUUUACGAAUGAAUUACUUAUCAAUGCAACACGAUGCCUUCCUUAUACAUACCUUCUCUGGGAAAAUGACACGCAAUAUCUAUCUGAGUACUGUAUACCCGGGUUGCAUAGCGCUAGCUAAAUCAAAGUAAAAACGUCUGUAGGUCUACUAAAAUGUGUGGUAAUAAUAUCAUGGUGGAUAUGAUGGAAGAUUAAAAGUGUUUUACGUUG